CAGAUCCGCGGCGGCGCGCACUGAGCCUGAGCAUCCGAGCACCUUGGUUUGAUCCGACGCGCAAGAACGCACCGGCACACAUACACACGCACGCACGCCUCCCGAUCUACCUGAAAUCUCCCGGCCAGUUAAUUGUCGUUUUUGAAGCGCGAGAAAAGGGAAACUGAGCCCCAGUUUUAUUCGCAGCCUGGACGCCGUGUUCCCAUGAUGUCAUACCUGUGGAUUCUGCUAUUAGGGAGCCUGCUGGCUGCCCACGCCAAGGCACAAGAUGAAGUAACCCCAGCAGUAGAGACAUUUGGAACUCCAGUACCUACAUCAAAUGUAAGGGCAGUUGUCAUCGAAGAACGUGGAGUUGAGGAGACUGUCACUGCAGCUGAGGAACCAUCACUGGUGUCCACUGCUGCCUCUGAAGCUGAAGCAGACCAGCCUGCAGAUCUAAGCACAGAGCCAGAAGCCACAGAUGCUCCUGAAGGAGUGGAGGCCCAAUCGGUUACUCCUGCGAUUGGAAAAACAGAGCCAGUAACUCCAGAUGUUGAAGCUAACGCACCAGCAACAACACAAGCUGCCGAGUCUGAGGAUGAUGCUCCAGGGCUUGUGCAAACAACAGUCAGUGUAGAGGAGGAACCUAUCAUAAACGCUGGUACAACACCUGCUCAAGAGGAGAGUGGACUUGACACCACACCAGCAAUUGGUGACAAGGUAGCAGACAAUGAGGAGGCACCAACUGAUGCAGCUGCAAAUGAAGAAUCAUCCACAGAUGAGAUCACAACGAUAGUGGAGGAUUUUGUCCACCCAAAAUGCAAUACAGGGUUUAACUUGGAAAAGGCACUGGAGACGUCAUUACCAGAGCAGAGCUCAGAUGGGUUUAAUUUGGGAGAUGCUUUGAAUGACAAUGAUGAGAAUGAUGAGAAUGAAAACCUUCAUGCACCCUCAGGGGGCCAGAGUCGCAGUGCGUUUAAUUUUGGAGGUGCUUCAAAUGGAGACAGUGAUAACCCGUCAACCUUGGGGGGUAAGGGUCACAGUGGACCUGCUAUGGGUGCCUCUGAAAGUGGAGGUCGUCAGUCCCAAAAGGGCGGCUCUUUAGCAGGAAUCCUUAGUGCAAUUGUUGUGGCUGCAGUGGGAGCAGUCGCUGGAUACUUCACCUAUCAGCAGAAGAAACUCUGCUUCAAAAAUAGACAGGAAGCAGAUCCAGAGGCUCCACACAAAGCUGAUGCAGCAGAGGCUCAGUCAGAUCCCCAGGUUCUUAGCAACCUUCUGAACUCCUCCUAGACCAGAAACGAUCACCUGGCUGCCUGGACCAACUGCAGUCUAGCAAAGUGGCAAUCUCACUGUUCAGCUCUCUCCUCUGUAGAGCUAAAUUACUGUGAGGCCCCAGAGUAGGGCUGUAUGUUUCAUUCUGAAUUUGUAUGUGUGUAUGUUGGUCUACACAAGCCUGUGUGGGUGUGUCUCAGUGUGCGUGUGCAUAUGUCCGUUCAUUCUUGCGUGUGCAUAAAUGUGGAGAAAAGGAGCUAGAUAAAGAUCAAGCGAUCUUUAGGGCUUUCAUUAUUGUUACAAAAAAAAAAGGAAUUUAUUAAAAAUAAUUGGUCAAACAUUCUACUUUAAGCCAAAUAAUUGUUUUUUUCAGUGGCCAUCAAAGAGAUUUCAUCUCAAAUGACAUAUAACCAUAAAAUGGAUUAAUUAUAUAGCUACUUUUUAUUUUUAUUUAUAUGGCUACAACCCUGCUCUAUAAAUGUAAAUAUAAACUAGUAACUGAUAUUGAUGUUGUAGAUGUUUAACUUGUAAUUGUUUCUUUGAAAUUUUAUACAAUUUUGCCAUUGUUGAGCUACCUUAAUGAUUUGAAGUCAUUUAGGUAAAACAUUUCUUUUUCAAUUAGCUAUAGCACAGAUGGGGGUUAAUUGGAUAACAGGGAGAUACAAUAGCUACCAUUUUGUGGAUUCUGGUUAGGAGCUGUAGUAUAGAAUUUAAAUCCGAGUAUUCUCGGGAUACUGUUAUAUGGGCAGAUGUGUUUAGAUGACCGAUGAUGUCGCUGUAUGUAUGUGCUUGUUUUUUGAUAGGUGAAGGGGCUUGAUUUUAAAUCCUGUUAAGUGACUGCUAUUUCUCCUCAGUGAGUUGAAUACAUUAAAAGCUGAUACAAAUCAAAUAGUCUCUAACAAUUCAAUACAAAUUAACUUAGGACAUACCAAAAAAAAAACAUUUAACAGAAAUAUAUUGUCUAAACUUACUGAGGUGAGAUGAAGUAAAGUCCUAUCCAGUGUUGUUACUAUAAAUGGAUGAAUGGUCACGUGACAUGGACAAAUUUAAUGGAGGUCAUGUAGUUGCAUAUUAGACUUUGUUCUGAUGUAGUAUGUGUCUAGUUGUGAUGCAGUAAUUUUUUUUCUCUAUAGUGCCUUUCACUGACACAGCCUGGCUUGAGCAAUCUAUAGACACACAGAGAAGACUUAGAGGGUGACAAAUUAAAGGAUAAUGAGGGUGUCCCGCUGGUUUAUGCUGCAGGGAGAAUUUGCUGAAGUGGGUCAGUUGCAAUUUUAAAUCAGCAUAAAGUUCUGAGUGAUUUCAAGUUUGUCGUGUAAUAAAACAUUUCACUCCGAUGACAGGAGACUCUUAUAAGAUGAAAAUGCACCCAUCCACAGGGCCCGAUUAAUCACUUGAUAAGUUUGAAAACAGUUGAUUCAUAUACUUAUAAUCUCAACCCAGCUCCGUCACCACCUUUUACUUUUAAUUUUUGACCCAUCUGUCCUGGGAAAACAAGCAAACCAGUAGGUACUGUAACAGAAAAUAUAUACAUUAGGCACAAAAUAAGCAAAUAAUGUUCUGUUUUCAACUUCUAUUUCAGUGGUUAAAAAUUACUUAAACUUAAACGUAAAAUAAUAAUAAUAAACACACAUAACAGCCGCUGUAUAUGUGUUCACAGUGGGCCAAUUUACAGUCUUAGCUAGUUUAGCUAAUCUUGCAUUCUAAACUGAUUGCAAAUGUAACACUCUGCUCAUUGUGUGUCUCUUUAUUUGAGCAAGCCAGUUGCUGUAACAGUGUAUUUGUAUCGUACAUAUAUCCACAUUACAAACACCAUUCACUUGUGAUUUUUAUAUGAAUCCUUUUCAUUCAGCAGCCGUGCCUCGGCGCCAACAGAUUGUCUUUAGUCAACUUGUUUGCUGUGCUAAUUUGUUGUUAUUAUUAUUGUGAAACGCCUCAGAUGCAGCGCUACUGCUUUUUUUGCAAAUGUAGCACAAAAAAAAAAAAGAUCCAAACUUCUGAAUGUCUUUUUUGUUGCCUUGAAGUUUUGUACUUGCCCUGCUCCCUUUAAACUUUAAAAUAUGGUUAUAGAGGCUGCAUAGUGCUGCAGGUCAUGUAGUGUUUGUUACUUAUAAAGCACCAUAUAGCUGCAAUACAGGACAGAGACUGUUGCUAACAGCCUAGCCUCAAGCUGAGAAAUGAUAAUAGUGUGUGAUUGAUUUUAUUUUAUAAACUGUGGGACGGACACAGUGUCAGAGCUCUGCCUUCUUAACCUGUAAUCUGUGAUAGACAAAUGAUGUUUCUCUUGUAACACCGAACGAUGUGGAUAGUGUGUCAGGAGCGACAAUGCACAAAAUUACCCACUCAGUAAUAACAACACAAAUAGUAUUCGCCACUGAUGCCUUCAAAAUACAAAUUCCUUCUUUGAAUUCAGUGCUGCCCUCACUUUGCAGUGAACAAAGGCGCUCUAGUGUCCUGCGAUGCUCUUUUAGAUAACUUGCGGUAAAGGAGGCUGUCACAAUAAUUCAGAAAAAUUAGGUAUAUGUUACCUGCACUGGGAGCAUUAUGGUCCACAAUACAUUUGAUCCCAAACAGUCAGAUUCCCUGGGAAUAAUUCAGUCUUAUUUAUAAUGUACCAAUUCA